AUGAACUUUAUAACUUCCGGAAUAAUUUUAUACUCAUUCUACACCUCCAAUUGUAUGGACCCCGGAGAUUCCUCCAAUCCUGGUGGUGCCAGACCUAAAAAACCAGCUAAACAAACUCCUAAACCACCCAAAAGGCAUCCGGGUGGUCAACCUCCCGGACAUGGUCCUUCCGCAGAGUUUAAUAAAGAAUUGCAAGAUAAGCUUAAACUUAGGGGAAAGGCUGGGGGGUCCGAUGACACGGUCCCUGAGAAACCCAAACCACCUACAUCCCCUGAAUAUUCAAGGCCUAGCAAACGUACCACACGUCCACCACCACAAGAUCCACCUGUUCCUGAUAAUCAGCCUGGAGGAUCUUCUCAAGUCUAUGAAGUCAGUGAUCCACAACAAUCCAGACAAGAUUAUGUAAAUGUUCCAUCAGGUGGUGGUACCGGUCAAGGCCAGCAAUCAUGGUAUGUAAAUGUUGAAACAGGAGGUCCUGAAGGUCAUAUAGCUGGGGCAUCAGGCGGUGCUACUAGUGAUCCCAUAUAUGAAGAACCACCAAAUGAAGACGAUGAAUAUGCAGCUGGGGCAUCAGGAAGCGAUGACGGUUCUGCUAGUUAUAUAGAACCAGAGUCUAGUCCUCAAGCUCAUGUCGAGGAAGGUUUGUAUGCAAAUAUAAAACCUGAAGAGACUGGAGCUCAUGGCCCUCCUAGAAGUUCUGAAGGUUCUGGCGGUAGCAGGUCCGGCUCAGGUAAAUCAAGUGGCCCACGCACUAGAGCUGCUGAUGGAACACAAUUAGUCGGAAUAGACGCAAAAUCUGGAAAAAACAAUCCGUUUACUACUUUUAGUACAUUUAGAUCAGGACCAAAGAAUCUUUUUCACCGUCAAUAUAAUCCUAGUCCUGGUUGUGCAAUUAGUGUAAUUACUUAUAACGGUAAGCCAGUUUGGCAAAUGGGUGAAGAUGAUAACUAUGCAAUGGAAGCUCUUAUCUUUCCUAUAGGGAGUUCAGAAAAAACCAUUAUAAUAACACUAAAAAGUGGUACUACAGAGACAUUUGAAAAGAAAGGAAGAAAAAAACCAUGGAAGAAAGUAGAUUAGAAAAUUUUGAGAAGAUUGGUUAAAGGGCUAAUUUCAAAAAAAUAUAUAAAUGUAUUUGAAUCAUA